AAAAUGAACAAAAAAAGGGUUUGCUAAUUUCUUUUCCAUCUUCUCCUUGCUCCGACCAGUCUGUCUCCUGAUCCGUCAAAAAGCUCUCCUGAGUCAGUAAUAACCUUCUCCAAUGUCCGUUAAUGUGAAGGAGGAACCGUUGCUUGUGCCAAACUGCGAUGCCGAGAAUUCAGAGCUUGUAGUUUACAAUGGAAAUGGAGAAAGUGAGCUUGAGGAUUUCGGGACUUGCGUAGAUGUUAUAACUGAGAGAGUGACUCAGCUCGAGCAAAAAGUUGUGGAGGUUGAACAGUUUUACUCUACCAAAGAUGGAGCAGCUCAAACAAAUACUUCAAAGAGUAACUCAGGCGGGAAAAAAGUUGCUAUUUCUCAGCCAAACAACUCCAAAUGUAACUCAGCCGGGAAAGAAAAAUCAAAGGGAAAACAUGUUUCAAGCCCUGAACUUAUGCGUCAAUUUGCAACAAUUAUUCGUCAGGCAAGCAUGAAAGAAAUGAAAACCCUUUUUUUCUUUUCUUUUUUAUUGCUCAACAAAAAUGGGCAUGGCCGUUUCUGGAACCUGUUGAUGUUAAAGGACUUGGACUCGAUGAUUAUCACAAGGCUUCCAUGGAUGGUUCUUGAUAGCUUCUGUGAGUCACUUGAACAGGUUAUAGAGAAGCCAAUGGAUUUGGGAACUAUCAAAACUAAAAUGGAUGGCUCGGAGUAUAGCAAUGUCCGGGAGAUAUACGCUGAUGUAAGGCUAGUUUUCAAGAACGCGAUGAAGUAUAACGAAGAAAAAGAUGAUGUCUAUGUGAUGGCUGAAUCUCUGUUGGAGAAGUUCGAGGAGAAAUGGCUUACCAUAAUGCCUAAACUCGUCGAAGAGGAAAAGAAACAAGCAGAGGAAGAAGCUCAGGAGCGUGCGAAUAAGCAUCUUGCUCUGGAGGCUGCUCAAGCAGACAAGGCUAGGGAUUUAAGCAACGAAACUGAUGUUACUUUGUGGAGACUGAAGGUGUUUGUGCAAGAAGCUUUGAAAGCAGCUAACAAGAGCACUGGUGGAGCAAACGCUCAAAACAAUAACAAUGCUGGAGAGAUGAACAAGAACAAUGCGAAAAGACGGAGAGAGAUCUCUGAUGCAAUCAAUAAAGCUUCAAUUAAAAGAGCUAAGAAGGCUUGAAUAAUCCAUUCUCUCUCUCUCUCUCUCUAUGUAUUGAUGAUCCACAAGGAACAAAUGAGUUUGGUGGACACCAGCCUAAUUUAGAGAGACUCUCCAGUUUAUUGCGCAUUUUGCUUCAAACGUUCAGCACAAUGUGGAUGUGUAUGUCUAUAAAAAAAUUACAAAAGAUGCAUAUGUUUAUACAUAAUGUUAAAGUAAAGGGCUACGGAUAUUGGAACAUAUGAUGCAUAUGUGAGAGCCUAUCACAUAAUUUUUUUGGCUAAUGAGUUUGAC